GUUAUCCGUAGUGACGUGUUAGACUGGGGUGUGUAAACAGCUUCGAUAAACGACGAAAAAACUUAUUUUUGUUGUUUUAUUUAUUUAUUUUGAUACUAAAAUGCGUUCUGUACGUGAUUUUAAAUACGAUGUGAUAAGUUUAAUACGUUAUGUUAGGGACAGGCCGUGUUUGUGGGACAAAACUUUGGAAAAUUAUAAAGAUCGAACGGAACGGAGGUGCGCUUGGGAAGAAAUUUUCAACUUAUUGGACGAAAGUUACGAAGAUAUGACGCCUGAAGAGAAAAGGAUUACGGGAGAGCUAAUUCUAAACAAAUGGACGAACAUACGUGAUACAUUUAGCAAAACAUUAAAAACUAAAAUGGGAAAGCCUAAAAAGAAAUACGUCCUACACGACCAUUUAGAAUUCCUAAUGAAAAUCAUACCAGACGCUGCGAACGAAUGCCACAGGGACCUGAAUUUAGAACCUAGUUUUAUGAAGCAAGAACCUGAAUCUAGUUACACUAUAACUACUGAAAUAGUGCCUGAAACUUCUACAGAUUUUACUAUUAGUAACGUUACUAGUUUUGGCACGAAGAAAAUUGAUUUUGACGCUGCAAAAGCAAUCGAUUCCGCCAGCGAAGCUAGCUAUACUACCAAACGCUCAAAAAGUAACUUCGACACAAAAUCGACAGAUGCAAGCGAAUACAGCUACCGUAAAAAUAAUAGGAGUAAAAAAAAAUCAAAACGAUCCGUUUAUGAUGAUGACGAAUCAGUUUCUAGUCGAAAGAAAUCAAGAAAAAGUAGUAUCAAAGAUACAAAUGAUGAUUCUUCAAUCAUCGAUUCUAUAAAUGAUAUUGAUUUUGUCGAAGUUGACACAAAUGAUCCGCGGAUAAUGAAUGAAGAUGAGGCAUUUUUCGCGUCCUUAUUACCCACAGUUGUAAAGUAUAAUGAAAAUGAAAGACUUGAGUUCAGACUUGAAGUCCUUGGGGUUAUGAAGAAGUUGAGAGAUAAGAGGAAUUGGACAACGGAUUAGUACCUAUUUAUUCUUAUUUUUAUCAGAAUAUAAUAAUAUUCUAAGACUAAGGAAGUAAACAA